AUGGCCACUCAGCAAGACCUGCAGGACCUCCUGCGAUUACUGACCGUGACGCGCAAGACACCCAUGAUGCAGGCCAUGGCUCAGGUCAAGGCACUUCAGGGUGUUGGCCUCAGGAGCAUCCCCGAAAUUGCUCAAGCACCUCUUGCUACCGUCCAGUCGGCUAUCAAUGACGACAAGGCCGCGAAAGCGCUGCAUAACGCCUGCAGAGCAUGGCUUAAGCGCAACUCAUCUACCUCGCCUACACAGACUGCAGCCGGCGGAAAGCAUGCCGGCUCAGACGCCACUGGCUCAAGCUCCAAGCGUCCUAGAACCGAGUUUGUCUUGGGCGAGCCCCCACAGAUGACCCCCCAAGAGCUGGAACGCUCCCUUGAGCUGCCCAUCUGCACGGACGAGGAGCGCAUCUCAAAGACAGUCAUUGAGACGAACAGGGCACCGCUAGUCCUAGCCUUUGCUGUUGAGCUGCUGCGCUACACCAUGCCUGAGCAGCCGCUGUCGAGCCGGCUCAGCUUGGCCCAGGCCGUUGUCAGCGCCAACUCGAGGUCAAAGGCUGUCAGCAUCGGCCUGGAAAAGGGCCCCAGCGCAGACGAGGAAGGCUGGGCUGAAGGACAACCGCGUGUGACUAUCAUGGGCCGGACGAUUGCCGUCCUCAAGCGGGGAGGGUACCGAUGGCAAGGGGAGGAGACCGUGGGGGAGGAUGGGAAGACCGGUGAGCAGACGGGGCAGGGAGAGGGAGAGCAGGCAAAGACACAAGAGAGUCAAGCAGAGACCGAGACCCAGGCCUCAUCAGCAACACUCGCUCAUGAGCCGACACGCAACAAGCCCGCAUGGUCUGUCAGCCAGCCCAUAAGCCUGAAAGACUCUACCUUUGUCGCCCGCGCAAUUCACAUGGCCGACCCGUCCCAGCGCAGGGCUCUCAUACAGUCACUGCUCGAGGACAAUCCUAAGCUAAAGACUGCUACCCACAACGCCUGGGCCUAUCGGGUUCGCCCAUCAGAGGGUUCCCCAAAUCAACGGAUCCGCGAAGAGAGCUUCGACGACGGAGAGACAGGUUGCGGCGACCUGAUGCUGCGGGUGAUGCGGGAAGCCGGGGCCGUCGACACCCUUGUCGUGCUGACCCGGUGGUUUGGUGGCACCCUGCUCGGUCCGGACCGGUGGCGCCUGAUGCGCAAUUGCGUAGCCGGCGCUCUGAGCGAGCGGCUGCGAGUAACCGGCGCCGGUGUCACGCUCGGGGGUGAGGCGCUCUGGGGCCUGGACCUCGAGACUGCGCGGGCCAAGGCUACCGUUGGCGGCUAUGGUAGCGGCACCCGGCAGCACACCGUUACCGGAGUCGUAGGAAUGCCGAUCCAUCAGCCUGAAUCGGCCCGGCGGUAUCUUCUGCGGAGCUUUGCGAGCGCUCCGGCUGAAGAAGCCUCGGGGGAAGGGAGCGAUGGAUCUACGACACAGAGCCCUAAGAAGGCUAAGACGCUGAAAGCAAUUGAGGAAGAAAAAGAACAGAACCUCGGCCUACUGCUCGGUGCACUUCGAAUAGUGUUCGACAGUUGGGCCGAUCAUGUCAGUGCGGCCGAACUGGACAAACGGGCGUGGGGCUGGUACGUUGCGGUGAGGCCGGCCGUGGAGAGUGGACUGGCCGGCUGGGGAGCGAAGGGGUUGGUCAGAUUGCGCGACAUCCUCGCCUUGAGGAGAAAGGCCCAACAGAAGGGAUCCUGA